GCUUAUCUAGAUCGCAGUGGCGAAUUUUUAUUCUGAUUGUGCUCUAGACAAGGAGUAUCGUGAAAUCAUUAAUCAGAAAUUUUUCGUAUCGUUUGUAUCAAUUACAUCGAAUCAAUCGAUCGUUCGUUUCUAGUGCAUUGAUCGACGCAUCGAUCUACCACCACUGCUCUUGCUACUGUUAUUGUUGCCACCGCUCGCAAACAUCGCUUUGUCAUCGUAAUCGUUCUACCUGACGUCGUCGUGUUUGUGUAAUCAUCUUUCCACUCGGCACGAUCUUUUGCGACGUGUUUUCUCUUUACUCGAAACUAUGAAGUGGCAUCCUGAUCAUUCUACCACUUUGCAGCCGAGGAAUGUAGGCGACGAAAGUACAGAUCAGAAUAAUAAUAUAACUAUGAUGAGUGAAGAUCUGCUGCAGCCUGGCCAUGUGGUCAAAGAUCGCUGGAAAGUUGUCAAGAGAAUAGGAGGUGGUGGAUUUGGUGAAAUUUAUGAAGGGGUAGAUUUUAUGACUAGAGAACAGGUUGCAUUGAAGGUAGAAUCAGCACGUCAAUCAAAACAAGUUCUUAAAAUGGAAGUGGCAGUAUUGAAAAAACUUCAGGGUCGGGAACACGUAUGCAGGUUUAUAGGUUGUGGUCGUAAUGAUCGAUUCAAUUAUGUUGUGAUGCAAUUACAAGGAAAAAAUUUGGCUGAAUUACGACGUGCUCAGCCUCGAGGUGCUUUUUCAUUGUCUACCACUCUACGUUUAGGACUUCAAAUUCUUAAAGCAAUUGAAAGUAUACAUCGUGUAGGCUUUCUUCAUAGAGAUAUUAAACCUUCAAACUUUUCAAUGGGACGACUUCCACAUACCUCGAAGUUGGUUUAUAUGUUAGAUUUUGGUUUGGCUCGUCAAUUUACGACGGGUACUGGUGAAGUUAGACCACCUCGUAGUGCGGCAGGAUUUAGAGGAACCGUCCGGUACGCAUCUGUGAAUGCGCAUAAAAAUAAAGAAAUGGGCAGACAUGACGAUUUGUGGUCAUUGUUUUAUAUGCUAGUAGAAUUUGUUAAUGGUCAACUUCCAUGGCGAAAAAUAAAGGAUAAAGAACAGGUUGGUCUUAUGAAAGAAAAGUACGAUCAUCGUUUACUUUUAAAACAUCUUCCAGCGGAUCUUCGUGUAUUUCUGGAACAUAUUCAGAGUUUGGGAUAUGCAGAUAAACCAGAUUAUGCAAUGCUGGCAGGUUUAUUUGAACGUUGCUUGAAACGUAGAGGAGUAAAAGCUACUGAUCCCUAUGAUUGGGAGAAACCAUUUAUAUCGAAUGAAAGUUUGCCAACUACUAGAUCUCUACCUAGUAAUCAUCAGGUCGCUAUGCCUCCAGUAUUGACCACAGCAACUACGAUUAAUCAACCACCAACUACACCAAAUGUUGACACAAAUAAUCAAGAAAAUGUUGAACCUGAUAACAGAAAAGAAUUAGACGCACAAAUGGAUUAUGAAAGUAUAUGUAGAAGAAAUAAACAACGAGGAGUAGAAGGAUCUUCGGUGCCGUUUACAUCAGCUAUCAGCAAUCAUGGCCGAGAUAAAAAUUGUAACGCGACGAUACCUACGAUGGACAAUACUCAUCAACAAGCUGGACAACAAGCUCAAGAUUCACCUAAAAAGAGGCGUGCAGUUUCAAUGGCAGCAGAACCACAAACAGGGGUGGUAGACAAUGAAGAAGAUGCAUUAAUGGCUUCUGCUCGUUCUGCUUCAGAAGUUCCUCGCAAUAAAGUUGGAGUCAAUGCUGCAGCACCAUUAAGAAAAUCUGCAAGUGGUGCAACAUUUGCUAGAUUACGAGUCACACCUGCAGUUGAAACAGCACCUGGCGAACCUCCCAGUCCUCGAGUACAAACUGAAGUUGAUGCUUCUUACUGUUCCUAUGAUGUUACCAAUCCAAAAUAUGUUGGCAAUCAGAGUCCUGUUACGGAACAGAGAGAACCAUUAAAAAGAGAACCACGAAGAAGAACAGAAGGACGUCAACAGACAAGAACUAAUCGUGCUGCAAUAAGAGAUUAUUCCAUUACACAAUUUGCACAGAUAGAUGAUGAUAAUGUAUCAGCAUUACAACAAGUAACUAAAGGUGGUGGUGGUUUGACACUAGCUUCUCAAUGGAAAUCACAAUUCGAUGAUUCUGAAGAGACUGAUAAUGAAUGGAAAGGAGAAAAUUUACAAAGUCCUGAACAUAAAGGAAUUACUAUGCCAAUUAUGGUUCCACAGUCAACAGUUGGUAGUGAUGCUGUAACUAUCGCAACUUCAGUGCCUGCAUCUAUCGAUGCGAAAACGACAGUAAUACAAUCAACUAUGUCGAUUGCGCCUCAACAUUCGAUAAUACCAACUGCUCUCUCUCGAAUAAGUGAAGAUUCUACAAAGCCUACAGUUCCUCACAGGUGUUUAAACAUUGCUGGUAUUGAAAAAUAUCCAGAUCUCCAAGGCGCACUUCCUCGCGCUUGGAGCGUUCCUGCAUUGGCACCGCAUGUUCGUGCUUAUCUCGAAGCACCAUUGGUUCAACAAGCUGCAUUUGAUGAUUUACUAUAUGAAGUCGAUGUUAUGAGAAAUAUAGCAACACGUUAUGAUGAACCGAGACAAAGUCCUCCGUUACGAAGGGCAAGCGUUCCAGCAGUUGCUUUUUCUCCACCCAACACAAUACCUAGUACACCUGGAGGAGAAGAAGAAGAGGAAGCAGUAGCAGGAAGAUUGGAAAUUAGAGUAGUGGAUGCAACAGGUGGUGCAACUGUUGUACAAACAACUGCAGAUAGAGAACCAUUGCAAAGAAAAAUGACAAACGGUACAGUAGAUAGCCCAGCUAGUCCAAAACCAGAAAGAGAAGAAUCAUCGAUAUUCGAUACUGCUGAAAAUCGAGCAUCUGUUGAUGAUGUUAUGCAUAAGGAAAACAGCACUAUCACUGCCUCGACAACCAUACCGAAUAUAUUACCACUUCGUGAAUAUAAGGAUGAUAAAGAAAAGGAGGCUUCUAAUAGGACUCAUAAUACUGUCAGUAAAAUUCCAAUUCCGGUUAAAAGUCCUAGAUGUUCGUUAUCGGAGUCAACUCCAGAAACGAAUACACAAAAUACCCGGAGUGGUGUGGGGAAUGAAAUAGAAAAAUCAUCUACACCUGUGGCUAUAACCAGGGAAAAAGAUGCUACUGUCAAAGGCAAACGCUUGACAGUGGAGGUAUUGCGACGCUGCUUGGCAUUACCUGAUGAAUCAUCGAUCUUUUCAUCUUUAACGGCUAAUUCGACAGAAGAUGAAAAUUUAACUGGAUGUACUCCUGCGUUACGUCGUCGAAGACAAAGCGAAAAAUAUGUGACCGAUGCCAGUCAACUAAACUUGCGAUUUCAAAGACCGCAACGCAGGAUCAGAUCUCAUUCUGAAGUGUUAUUUAAAUUUUCUCCUAGAGGAGUACCUUCGCAUCUUUUGGCAGAAACGGCUAAACGAACUGACGAAAGUAGCGAUAAUGAUUCUGAUAAUAGUGGUCCACCAAAUGCUCAACCUCCACCACCACCUACAUCUUUGCCACCACAUGUUGCAGAAAAUAAUGCUAGAUGUCGUAGGUUUCGACCUAUAUCAGAUGGGACAAUAAUCAGUAAAGAAUGGUGAGAUACAACAUCAAAGACGAAUUCAAGUAUUUGUUUGUAUCAACAAUUAACAGACAUUUGCGAUCUAUUCAUUUGGAUGUAUGGAAUCCUUCUUUACGCGUGAGAGAAGACAAGAAAGUAAUAUUAAUUACAAUGAUUUAAUUCAAAAUGUCACAUACAGUUUGUUAACUUUUCUGUAUAGGGAAAGCAUAAAAAAUCUUAUAUGAGAAACUAUUGCUUUCUUAGAUAAAGCAAUUUUGGUAAAGUACUAAACAUUACAGCAAAAUGAAUAUGAGUUGAAGAAAUAUAAUGGAACCUGCAUGACAAGUGAGUUAGAAAUUCUUCUAGAUCAAACUAUUCACAAAUGUGUAUUUGAUUCAGCUGUAAGACUCUGUUAAAAAUAUUAUAUGAAUUGGUGGUGCUUCAAAGAAUGUACUUCCUAGUCUAGAAAGGUAUGUGACGAUAUGAUAAAACUCAUUGAAUAUCAUCAUUAAGACAGAAUUGAAAAUAGAAACGGAUUUUUCAUAAGAAAAAAAAAAA